CGCCGCUCCGCCGGGCAGAUGCGCCGCCGCGCGCCCCGCGCCCCGGGCCCGCCACAGAGCUCCGACGCGCACCGGGGGCUCCUCUCCCAGGCCCCCCUGGGUGCCCUCCGGCUAGGGCUCCCGCCCGCUCCUUGGAAUAACCCCUGAGGCUCCAGCCGUCGCCGCAAAGUUUCCCGAGGAGACCCGCCUCCCCGCCGCUGCGCAGGCAGGGCGUGGCCGCCGCCGCCCUAGAAUCAUUUGCAUAUUCAUGACCUUGACAAGCAUGCGCACUGCAGAGCCAGGCUCAAGGGUGGCCCGCCCCACCGCAGGACAGCGGCACCUCUCCUUGCCGGUCCUCCACCAGCCGCCUCCCUUCUCUUCAAAGAAGGACCUGGCGUCCCCCCUACACACAACCACCUGAGAGCCUCGCGCUGGAAGGACUUUGGUGAAGAAGCUGGGAAUAGGUGAGAAGGCCUCACUCUUGACAGCCGUGCCCAGGGGCUGAAGCAGGAAUAACCCACCCUUCUGGCUCACCCAUUCCAGAAACUUCUCUACAAACAGAAGCAGCCAAGCAGACCAGCCUCUGCCCCCCAAAGUAGCUUCCCAAAGUGGGGCACGCAGGCCUGACAGCUCAGCAGUGCGAGGCACUGUGGCUACAGCCUGUGGUGAACAUCUGAACUCCUCAGAGGGGUAGCAGACCCACCCCCACAGAUGCGGCCUGAGUGGCAGGAAUACUGAUUCUUUGGAGAGUGGCUCCCUCUCAGCUCUGUCACGCAAGAGUGCUCUCUGCACUGGGCCAUUCUGCCAAGGGACUUAAAGGGAUUUUAAAAAGAAAAAAGAAAGAAAGAAACCCUGGUAAAGAAAAAAGGGGUAACAGCACUACAGAGGCAUUUCAGAAGAGGUGCGGCCUGUGGACAAAGGACCAAAGUUACAAAGAGCUGCGGUGGACGUGGUGGCCAGUGAAAGGCCACACUCCCUGGGGACUGACAUUGAGCUGUAGGGCAUGCUCUGCUCAGGAGUCCCCGGGGGUGCACACAGAACACAUACCCCUCACUCCAGAGAGCCAAGUCAGCAGUGCCCGUGGCCUAGGGUGCCAAAGAUGCCGCUUGGGGCCCGCAGCCACAUCUGAGGCCUAGCCACGGGAAGAUUCCUUACUCUCUGCGUGACUCCUUGCUCCUGCUGCCCGAGAGCUGCAGGCUGUGGUUGAGUACUUCUGGGUCUGUUGGUGACAUGGAGCCAGGGAUGUGAGCGUGGCCUGGAAUUCUGAAGCAGUGACCCCAGUGGGACCCAGUGGCUCCAGGGAGCAGCAGCAGAGGAGGUGUUGAGGCUCCAGGUUAGGUGGGUCAGGCCUCCACCCGCUGUCCACCAUGGUGGUGGCACACCCUACUGCCACCACGACCACCACACCCGCUGCCACCGUCACAGCCACUGUCGUGAUGACCACAGCCACCAUGGACCUGCGGGACUGGCUGUUUCUCUGCUAUGGACUCAUUGCUUUCCUCACAGAGGUCAUCGACAGCACCACCUGCCCAUCAGUGUGCCGCUGUGACAAUGGCUUCAUCUACUGCAAUGACCGGGGACUCACAUCCAUCCCCUCAGACAUCCCUGAUGAUGCCACCACCCUCUACCUACAGAACAACCAGAUCAACAACGCAGGCAUCCCCCAGGACCUCAAGACCAAGGUCAAAGUGCAGGUCAUCUACCUGUAUGAGAAUGACCUGGAUGAAUUCCCCAUCAACCUGCCCCGCUCCCUUCGAGAGCUACAUCUGCAGGAUAACAACGUGCGCACCAUUGCCAGGGACUCAUUGGCUCGCAUCCCGCUGCUGGAGAAGCUGCACCUGGAUGACAACUCCGUUUCCACCGUGAGCAUCGAGGAGGACGCUUUCGCUGACAGCAAGCAGCUCAAGCUACUUUUCCUGAGCCGGAACCACCUGAGCAGCAUCCCAUCGGGGCUGCCACACACACUGGAAGAGCUGCGGCUGGAUGACAACCGCAUCUCCACCAUCCCGCUACAUGCAUUCAAGGGUCUCAACAGCCUGCGGCGCCUGGUUCUGGAUGGCAACCUGCUGGCCAACCAGCGCAUUGCUGAUGACACCUUCAGCCGCCUGCAGAACCUCACAGAGCUGUCGCUAGUACGAAACUCGCUGGCUGCCCCGCCCCUCAACCUGCCCAGUGCCCACCUGCAGAAGCUUUACCUGCAGGACAACGCCAUCAGCCACAUCCCCUACAACACACUGGCCAAGAUGCGGGAGCUGGAGAGGCUGGACUUGUCCAAUAACAACCUCACCACACUGCCUCGAGGCCUGUUUGAUGACCUGGGGAACCUGGCGCAGCUGCUUCUCAGGAACAACCCCUGGUUCUGUGGCUGUAACCUCAUGUGGCUGCGGGACUGGGUGAAGGCACGGGCUGCGGUGGUCAAUGUACGGGGCCUCAUGUGCCAGGGCCCUGAGAAGGUCCGGGGCAUGGCCAUCAAAGAUAUCACCAGCGAGAUGGACGAGUGCUUUGAGGCGGGAUCUCAGGGGAAUGUAGCCAACGCUGCUGCCAAGACCACAGCCAGCAACCACGCCUCUGCCACCACGCCCCAGGGCUCUCUGUUUACCCUCAAGGCCAAAAGACCAGGACUGCGCCUCCCCGACUCCAACAUUGACUACCCCAUGGCCACCGGUGAUGCUGCCAAGACAUUGGUCAUCCAGGUGAAGCCACUGACGGCAGACUCCAUCCGAAUCACAUGGAAGGCCAUGCUACCUGCCUCCUCUUUCCGGCUCAGUUGGCUGCGUCUGGGCCACAGCCCGGCUGUGGGCUCUAUCACAGAGACCCUGGUGCAGGGGGACAAGACCGAGUACCUGCUGACAGCCCUGGAGCCCAAGUCCACCUACAUUAUCUGCAUGGUCACCAUGGAGACUGGCAACACCUAUGUGGCUGAUGAGACACCUGUGUGUGCCAAGGCAGAGACGGCUGAUAGCUACGGCCCUACCACCACGCUCAAUCAGGAACAGAAUGCAGGCCCUAUGGCAGGGCUGCCCCUGGCUGGCAUUAUUGGUGGGGCCACAGCUCUUGUCUUUCUCUUCCUGGUCCUGGGGGCCAUCUGCUGGUAUGUGCACCGCGCUGGUGAGCUGUUGACCCGAGAGAGGGUCUACAACAGGGGUAACAGGAAAAAGGAUGACUACAUGGAGUCAGGGACCAAGAAGGAUAACUCCAUUCUGGAAAUCCGAGGCCCAGGACUGCAGAUGCUACCCAUCAACCCAUACCGCUCCAAAGAGGAAUACGUGGUGCACACCAUCUUCCCUUCCAAUGGCAGCAGCCUCUGCAAGGGCACCCACACGAUUGGCUAUGGCACCACACGGGGCUACCGGGAUGGUGGCAUCCCUGAUGUGGACUACUCCUACACAUGAAGCUGGCCACUCCCAGUGUGCUCACACGGCUCUGUCUAGCCCGCUGCAAUACCAGGAGCCAGGAAGAGGAACUCCGCAGUGACUUUCCCAGCAGAGAGUGUAGUUUGGGGAGAGUUGGUGAACACAAUAGUGGGUAAAAAAAAUAAAUAAAUAAACACAUAGAAGGCAAGAGGGAAAUUCAACAUUGUUGGAGACACAAUUUAUACCAGAUCACGAGAGUUAAGGACUAAUAAUCUAGCAGGAAGGGUUGAAUUGGGACUUUUUUUUUUUUCCUGAGCCAGAUUGAUACUACCUGUACAACAUUUGUGUACACCUCGAGCUCCAUCCAGGGCCAUCGGAAAGAAACAGAUGACAAACAGACAUGAUGGCUUGGAGCCCCCACACCACCAUCCUGCUGCUCACAGUGACAGCUCAGUGAAAAGGUUUGGAGUUCCUCACAAAGGAGCCAGCGGAAGAAGACUUUGCUAUGGAGAUACUGUCCUGAAAUCUCUUCCCUGGUUCUUCCCAUGCUGUUUUCUUUCCAGAUCUGCAGAAAUAUGGCGUCCUCCGUGGUAUUCUCCGAACAAUACCAUAGUCAAUUAAAAAAACAAAAACAAAAGAGUCCAACUUUUCCUUCCAGUGCCGAGCGCUUCUGUUCCAGUCACCGACCUCCGCAGAAGCUCUGACCGCGUGGAGGUGCAUCUGUCUGCCCGGCAUGUCGUGUGUCUCAGUACAGAUGGGUAGAUAGAGCUGCGUGUCUGCCCUCUCCACACUUCUGGGGACAGUCCUUGACAUUUCCUCAGACAAUAGAGUUGCAAAAUUUUUUGCUUUCUCCUAGAAAUCAUUGAGUAAGUAAGUAGACCAUGUGUGGGGUGAGAGUGAGGUGGAGGGGAGGGGCCUCGGCCAGGUGGUAGGAGGGGCCUCAGUCCAGGUGGAGGGGAGGGGCCUCAGCCCUGGUGAAGGGUAUUGCUAUUUUUUAGAGGCGCUGGUAUCUGCAUCCCAGUGGAGAGUUAGGCAAAAUCUGGCUGAUGGUUUGGGUUCCAUCCUGUCAACCUAGAGCCAGGCCACUCUCCUUUCCAAUAUGGAAAAAAGCUUUCCUUGAUGACCAGUGCCCUCCCUCUUAGAUCCCGUCUCCACGAUAGUGUUUACUCUUUCUCCUGGGACAGGUAAUUAGUGCAGGGACUGUUUAUAAAUAUAUGUGUAACACACACACACACACACACACACACACACACACACACACACACACGUCAGCUGGCUAGACCCAUUUGUUUCCAUGGCUGCUCAAACAAAGCCCAGAAAAAAAGAAAAAAAUUUUUCAGAAAAUCCCUGGGAGAGACACACACACACACACACGCACAAAAUCUCAACCAAGCCCACACCAGGGGCUCUGUUCUCAAAAGGGAAAAAUCAGAUUUCUUUGUAAAAAACAUCAACCUCCAAAAGGGUGCUGACCAGGGCCCUCAGAAGAGCUAAGAUUUUAUUCCCUCCCUGCGGAAUCAAUGUGGUUAUCAUUUAUCAACUGACACCACAGUGUGGUGAGCCAUGAGAUUUAAACGAUGAUAAAAUAAUGACAGCAAAUCCAGAAAGGAGGAAGAGCAGUGCCUGCGGUUCUGACGUCUGCUUCGUCCUAUACUGGGGAGCCCGGGUCACCAUCUGUCCAUGUGUUUCUUUGCCCUGCACUGAGAAAAAAGUCAUCAAAGCAAGACACUGGUCUGAGGUCGGCCGCAUGAGAAGGGGUCUAGCUCCUGACUGUGUUUUCAAGAUACCUCUGCCACUCUGUCCAAAGCAAAGGCAGGAAGAAGCGGCCAGCCGGCUGCCCCAAGUGUACCUGGGGGGCCAUCCUCUUGCUGGACAUUAAAGAGCCAACUGGCCCUUCAAUGAAGAGAUGAAAUACAAAGAAAUGGACCAGCAGGUGCCCCAGAGUAGUGGACAGAGGAACAGGCUCCUGAUCAGAACCCAAGGGGUCAUCAUACCAAAUGGAGACCCCAGCCCACCGGCCCCAGGGGACGGCCAAGGGGUGUGGACAUGGAUCAUUGGAAAGGAGACCUUUCUUCCCUCUUCACCCUAGUCAUUCCCCACAUAAUGAAGUCAAGAGAGAAACGCUCCCGAGCCUCAGAUUCAGGUCUGUAUAAAUGGGCACCCUGGAGCCCAGCUGUCCCCAAUGACCCUAAUACUAAUAGCACCCUAGUCCUGGUGGCUUAGGCAGGCUCCUCAGAGGAGGUCCAUCUGUGAGGAACAGGUAUGUGAAGGAGAGUCCCAGAUGCUGAACAAGUCAUCAAGGCACUAUGCCAGCCUUUCCCGGGGUCCCAGGAGAGUAGACCCCAAGUUCCCACCCCUACCUUACACCUGUAAUUGACUCUGUCCCCUAGACUCACCCAUGUUCCCCUUUUCUACUCCCUGCCCCAGAAGGGUCUGGUCACUUUCUUUGGUGACCAGGAAAACUUUUGGAGCUGCUUGGAGAUUCAGGAACUUGUGGGCCAAAUGCUACAGCUGUGGUGAACUUCCUCCCCCAUCACAUGGAGCAAGACUGACCCACAGGAGGCUUGGCAGUCACAGGCAAAACUUGAGGACCAGAUCAAUCUGCUCUAGUGGGGCUCACUCCACAUUACCCCCAGUUGGAGAGCCCAGGGCUGGCAUUGCCCCUAAGGAGCGCUACCACUGCCCAGCCAUGACCCUGCAGCCCGAGAGCCCUUCCUGUGUCAUUUCUGCCUCUUCACGGCUUAACCUUUUCCCAGUACUCUUUAUUCUGUGUGUGUUGAGGAUGGGAGAAUAUUGGAGACUGAGUCCAGGACCUAGCCAUGCAAGGCAAGCACUCGACUACUCAGUACCCCACUCCCCAGCGUCCUUUUGGAGAGCCCCCAAGUGUGACCUUUGUCCCAUCUGCAAAGGAAACAGAGAACCUGCCUCCUGGCCUCAUGUUACAGUAGAAGAGGUUGAGGGAAGCCAGGGUUGACCCUGGGAGGCCUGUGGGAUCCUGACCCUCACAGUCUCUAACCAGCCAGAACAACCUCGGUGGCCUCAGCCCUGAGGAGUGUAUUCUGUGGCAUUUAAGCCAGUGACACUUCUUUGGUUAAGUGGUUUACCCUUCGUGGUAAUUAGAUGCAGCGAUUGGAAUCUCUUUUUCUAUUACAUGGCAAUUGUACUUUAAAUUUCCUCUUUAAAAAAAAAAAUGGGGAAGAAAAGGCAUGGAAGGAGAGGCAGCAGGGCCACGGGCAUUUGCAUUUUGCGAAUGAAGUCUCUGGUAGGCUCAGCUCAGGCGUGGGGCCCAACGUAUGGAAUGCUUAAGAGAUUACUAAGAAUAAAAUCUAUUAAUUAGUCAUACUCAAUUCCACAGACAUGACGUGAAUCAAAAGCUCCUUUCCCCUCCUCUGCAUCCUCUUCCUGAGGAAAAGCCUCCAUCUUCCCUGAAAGGCCACCUCCUGGCCUGCCUCCUCCUCAACAUGGAGCCCUUCUGUGGCCCUGUGUGUAGGAUCCUGCCUUGGAUAGCAGGUGCUGGGACACUACCCCUUCCUCACCCUGGGCAAUGUUGACAGGGGAGGUGACAGCCUCGGGAAGACCACUGUGGCUAGGAGUCCAACCUUCCCUUCCUGGAGCCAGAAGCCCAUACCUGUUCCAUGAAGCCAGCCUCUCCUUCCUUUCCCAGGGCUUCCAGUAGGCCAGCUGCCCAGCUCAGCCCCAACAAGGGAGCCAGGAGCCUGGUAUGCAAAUGUGAGGCUUCUGUCCGUGCCCCUCUUUAAAAUGAGGGUGACCGGGCUGGAGACUUGCUUCACGAAGGCCCUGUGAGAGCAACCCUCCAUGCUGAGUCUGGAAGAUUCUAAUGGGCAAAAGCAGUGGGGGAGCCGCUGCUGGGUAGGAAGGGCCAGUGUGGACUAUAGAAGGGAUGGGCAGUGUGUCUGGAAUGGUCUCCCAGCCUGAGCGUCCUCAUUCAUUGCCACUGGCAAGAGGAGUAAGGAACAAGCCAGAGCCAUGCUCAGGACCCUUCCCACCCAACCCCAGACAAGUGGCAGUUCAAGUCCUAAAGCCAUCCUUCUUCAGACAUCUGCUUUCCGCUGAUCACACCAGGGAGGGGCCGGGCCUUCAGAGCCUCUUGCUUAUGAAAAAUACAACAAGGAAAAUUGGAUGCAGCAGCUGGGGAGCUAGGCAGAGGCAGCAGGGAUGGGCUCCAGUGGGCAUGGUGGCCUGUGUCCCCCAAGGGCCAGAUGACAUGGCACAAGCAGGGUCAGGACGGCAGGCCUCCCAUGAGCCACGUUCCAUACUCACACAGUGUUGCAGGUGACAGCAGCUGAUGCCGAGGCUGGAUGGGAGCCAGGGGGAGCACUAACAAGCAAUUCACAGGCUUUCCAGAGAGCAGAGAGAGAGGAGGCUUUUUUUUU